UGGGAGAAUCAUAAAUUUUCUCAUGGUACUCUCCAGGUAUUGCUCCUGAGACAGAAACAAUUCGAAGUAGAGAACUUAGAGAAUUUCCAACGAUCAUAUUUUCAGUAAGUCCCUUUGCAUAGAUUGCAAAACUUGAAAAUCCUCCUCUUAAAUCAUAAGCAUAUUUUGCAAUUUCAUUAUUUUGUACAUGUUGUGAAUUUGCAAAGCCAAGAACAUAUCCCAAUUGUGGCGAAAAUGAUACAUAUUUGAUACUAGAAUGAGUAAAGGACAAUUUAAAUCUCUUAAAGUCAGCGAGAUAAUUGAUCGAUAUUGAAUCAAUAAUCUGUUUUAGAAGAGUAGCUGUAUAUGGCGUUUUCCCCUUUCCCAGCAAUAUAUCAAAAACAUCUUUUUUCCCCUCUUUAGGUUUUAACCCAAUAGUUUCUAAUAGUGGUGAUGGUGUUUGAGUCCAUGAUUCUUUUCUUUCCAAUCCUAAAGCACUUAAAACACUCGGUGUCUGUGUACUAUUAUCUUUUACUCUAGUAUCAUUUGAUUGCUCUUUUCUUUCCUUCUUAGGAGGUGGUGGUAAUGGUUCUUCUUCCUUGUAUGGAGAAAGUUCUCUUAGAACUUCCUUUUUCUCUUCUUUCUUUCCCAGUCCUAUUGCACUUAGCACAUCUUCCGGUUUCUCUUCUUUCUUUCCAACUCCUAAGGCACUUAGAACAGGCGUAUCUUUCGGUUUCUCUUGUGUUAUCUCUUCUUCUUUCUUUCCAACUCCUAAGGUACUUAGAACAGACGAGUCUAUCGGUUUCUCCGAUGGUUUCUCUUCUUCCUUCUUUCCUACUCCUAAAACACUCAAAACAUUUUCUUGCUCCUUUUUAUGUUCCUCUUUUGGCUUCUCUUUUUCCUCCACCUUUGUCUGCUCUUUUCCCACCUUAUCCUCCUUUUUCUUUUCCUCCACUUUUGACUUUUCCUUUUUCCGUUCCUCCUCCUUUUUAAUCUCCUCUCUUGGCUUCUCUUUUUUCUUUUCCUCCACUUUUUCCUCCACUUUUUUCUGCUCCUGUUCUUUUACCUUCUUAUCCUCAUUUUUCUGUGCCUUCGUUGACUGCUCUUUUUCUUCCUCACUCUCAGACUGUUUAGUUAAAUUAAUUUUAUUCUUUUGUGGUGGUGAUGUUUCUUCGACAUCCUCCUGAUAAGGAGAGAGAGACCUUAAAGAUUCAUUCUCUUCCUCAUUUUCAUUAUAUGGUGUGAGGUCCUUUAGUUCCUCAUGUUGGCGUUUAUUUCUCCUAUGAAGAACUGACUUUUCCUUUUUACAAUGAAAUGAUAAUAUGAUAAUACA